AUGGCGGUGCUAAGCCAGCUUCUCUUUUCUUGGGGUCGCGGUCCCCGGCGGUUUUUCAGUUAUGGAACAAAAACAUUAUAUCAAAACAAUGAAGCUGUGCAGUCUAAAUUCUUUCCACCUUUUCCAAAAGUGAUGCUACCACCCAAUAGUUUUCAAGGAAAAGUGGCAUUUAUUACCGGGGGAGGCACUGGCCUUGGAAAAGGAAUGACAACUUAUCUGUCCAGCCUGGGUGCGCAGUGUGUGAUAGCCAGCCGAAAAAUUGAUGUCUUGAAAGCAACUGCAGAGCAGAUAUCUUCUCAGACUGGAAAUAAGGUUCAUGCAAUUCAGUGUGAUGUGAGGGACCCUGAUAUGGUGCAAAACGCUGUGUCAGAAAUGAUCAAAGUCGUCGGACAUCCUGACGUUGUGAUAAACAAUGCAGCAGGGAAUUUUAUUUCUCCCUCCGAAAGACUCUCUCCUAAUGCUUGGAAGACAAUAACUGACAUAGUUCUGAAUGGCACAGCCUUUGUGACUCUGGCAAUUGGGAAAGAACUAAUCAAAGCCCAGAAAGGCGCAUCAUUUCUUGCUAUUACAACCAUCUAUGCUGAGACUGGAUCAGGUUUUGUAGUACCAAGUGCUUCUGCCAAGGCAGGAGUGGAGGCCUUGAACAAGUCUCUUGCAGCUGAAUGGGGUAAAUAUGGAAUGAGAUUCAAUGUGAUUCAACCAGGGCCUAUAAAAACCAAAGGUGCCUUUAGCCGUCUUGACCCAACCGGAGCAUUUGAAAAAGAAAUAAUUGACAGAAUUCCCUGUGGUCGGCUGGGGACUGUGGAAGAACUCGCAAAUCUUGCUGCUUUCCUUUGUAGUGAUUAUGCUUCUUGGAUUAAUGGAGCUGUAAUCAGAUUUGAUGGUGGAGAGGAAGUACUUAUUUCAGGGGAAUUCAACAGUCUGAGGAAGGUCACCAAGGAUCAGUGGGAUGUAAUAGAAGGACUUAUCAGGAAGACCAAAGGCUCCUAA